GUAAACCAUCCUGAUCCACGGCACAGGUAAACCAUCCUGAUCCACGGCACAGGUAAACCAUCCUGAUCCACGGCACAGGUAAACCAUCCUGAUCCACGGCACAGGUAAACCAUCCUGAUCCACGGCACAGGUAAACCAUCCUGAUCCACGGGUCCUCUCAAUUGUUUUCCAAAGGAAAACUCACCAACUCUACAGUCAAGAAUUCCACUAGGACAGAAGAGAGAUUAGGACUGUGGAAAAAAUGUGUCUUCUGAACAAACAAAACAGGAUCUACGCUGUUUUUACAAGACAUUCAAAAAAAACUAAAAUUGGUCGUAAAUCUUAGUAAAGAAAACAUGCAGGCCCUAAAUCAAACCAACCCUGGGUAAUUUCACAUCGUGUCACCACUGUUUCCCCUGAUGGUUUACAAACGUUCUGCAUGUUGAAAAUGGGCAUAAUGACACCUCCGACCGUGACGUUAAAUAACAAGGCUUUUACAAAAUGAUGAGCACAAAACCAAUUAAACCACAAAAUAAACCAUAUGCAAAUUGAACAAUAAAAUCCCUCAUCUCAGGAAAGGACAAUCUUUGUGUCCAGUCAUGCCUUGGAGCUAUAACAUGGAGGAUGGGGCUGCAGUGAUAAAACAAGGAGCCAUGCUUAUAAUAGCAUGCCAUGUCUUCACACAUCACACAUCUGCACUCCCUGGGUACAUGUUAACUGUGGUUUCUUCACCCCCCCUCUCCCAUCCCUGUUAUUUAUUUAUUUCCCAACAGAACAUCACUAGCAUCAAGGAUCUUGUCAGUAAAAACACACUCAAACACAGUACAGUGCUUAAAUAGUGUUGCUAUUUCUCCUUCUGCAGCAGCAGCCCACGAGGGCCUGGAGACUGAAGUCUGAAAGGUCAGCAGCCAACCAACUCAGGUAAUACUUUCUGUGUGUGUCUGUUAUUGUGUUGAUGUCUUAUCUGUGGAAAUAGUCUCUGAGAGGAUAUCUUGGGGGAUUCCACGAAGGUAGAUCAUUGGACCAAAUUAAACAAACAGAUCAAUCAAUCACUUAGCAGAUAUACCUGCCACCUCCAUUUUGGUCAUUGCUGGUGUGGAGAGAGAGGGGAGAUCAUUCUCCUGAAACUGUCUGUUUAUGAUGAUCUUUGCCAUGCAGCAAAAUUAUGGAAACACACAUCUGCGUUAUCAAGGCUAUCACGUCUAUUAGCCCAGUCUGUUUUUCGCAUAUCUUUGUCAUUCAUGAAUCAAGCCCGUCCUGCUUGCCCCUCCCUUCCCCUACUAGACGUCCUCUGCAGAGGGGACUGGAGGAGCAAUGAGAGGAAGGUAGCAGCUGUGAGUUUAGUCUCCCACUGAGUGGUUGCUGAUGCUGACUGCUCUAGGGAGCGUCCGUUUUGGCAUAGUGGACUCGCUACCACAUAAAUAAAAGAAAAACACUGCCAGAACAGCCACUACCACCUGCUUGGAGUAGGUUUUCUUCAUAUGGUUAUUAUUGUAGAAGUGUCAUUGUAUUAUUAUUUGGUGCCCAAUGUGUAUCUAGUAAUUCAAUCUAUAUAGUUCAGGAUCUACAUUAACAUGUGUUCAUUAGGCUAGAUUAUAGAUCUGACCUGGGGGUGUAGGUAAAACAAUGUUGAAUAAAUUAUAUUUUCCAGGGUGCAAUGGGUUAUUCAUUAUUUGUAUAGAUGAAAGAAACGCAGCAACGUGGUUGUGGAAAGUUAUUCAGGGUCUCUCUGGUUAGAUAGAGAUACGUUGGACAAAGUUGUCAUUUCUUUAGCUUAAACAUUUGAGACUGGAGACAUCACUGCCAACAACCUGACACGUCAUAGGGAGAUCGGCACCAGCCGAGUCCAGUGGAGCCGGCGCUGAGGAAAGGGGCUGAAGAUUGGCCGCUGCCCGCUCUAGCACCAGGAUCCUCUACAGCCGUCUGGGGUGAGGGGUGGAGGAGACGAGGUGCCUGGCUGGGGCUGGGUGGAUGCUGCCUGGAGGAGGGGGGGGCCACGGCAGCAGCAGCAGAGGCAGCGGGAGGAAGAUGGCAUCCACAUGCAUGCAGAUCUUCGCCUUCAUCCUGGCGCUGUUGGGCAUCAUGGGGGCCAUGGUGGCCACACUGCUGCCCAAUUGGAAGGUGAGUGCCGACGUGGGCUCCAACAUCAUCACAGCCAUCUCCCAGAUGCAGGGGCUGUGGAUGGACUGCACCUGGUACAGCACCGGCAUGUUCAGCUGCACCUUGAAGUACUCGGUGCUGUCGCUGCCCGCCUACCUGCAGACUGCCCGCACCACCAUGGUGCUGUCCUGUGUGAUGGCUGCCAUGGGCCUGUGCCUGGCAUCCCUGGGGAUCAAAUGUACCCGCUGGGGGGGCGGCCGGCGCUCCAAGAGGCACGCGGCCAUCGCCAGCGGGGGCUGCUUCAUCGCCGCCGGCUUCCUGUGCCUGGUGCCCGCUUCCUGGUUCACCAACGAGGUCAUCACUAACUUCCUGGACCGCAGUGUGCACGAGAGCAAUAAGUUUGAGCCCGGGGGGGCCGUGUAUGUGGCCUUCCUGUCGGCAGGCUUCCUCUUCGUGGGGGGGUCCAUCUUCUGCGUGUCUUGCUCGGGGAAGAGGCCCGGUCACCAGGACAUGAUCUUACUGCCACCCCCCAACAAACUCAUACUGCAGCAGCAACAGCAGCUCCUACAGCAACAGCAGCAGGACCAGCACCAGUACUGCUCCCUCUCUCCACUAGACAAUAAGACAGGCUACAGCCUGCAGGACUAUGUGUAGGCUAAAGCAACAAGCCACUUGCUACUGCUAGGCAGACCAGUUAGGGGAACAACCAGGGCUUACACUGCGUAAGAGAUUGAGGAGGAGACUAGAGCAGAGGGGAAGGACUUUGAUGGCGUCUCUCUUUCUGUUCUGCAAGCACAAGCAGUGGAGGUAUUCCCCGAGCAGCCCCUUGGAACAGACGGACGGAUGGUGAAUGUGAAAUGCAGCGCAGCCGGGGGAGGAAGGGAAGCGCUGCAGAAUGGGAGGGGAGCCGCAGCGACACAUGCAGAUACCCCAGCAAUCAUCAGUAAAUCCAUUAAGACUUCCUGGGGGAAUGGAUUAGCUGAUAACAAGCCUCCCGUUAAUUUCCUUUUCCUCGCCAAAGGUUUGAAUUAAUAAGCAAUCAUUUAGCUGCUAAUAAUCGUUUGGUAACCACCCAUUCGGCAAGUCGGCAAUAUUGCUAUUAUUGUCUCAGAGGCAAUAACAGUACGUGCAAUUCCCUUUCCAUAAACAAGCUACUGUUGUUUUGAACUAUCCACUAGAUAUGCUAGUUGUUGGGACUGAUUUAAGUCAGUCUUAUUUUUGGUAGCUAAUAGACUGAUAUUUUGCCUAAGCAUGCUGUUUGGAGCCUGUCUCUGUAUAUUGCAGAGGAAUGCCUGUUAGAGACAGACGUAUGUAGUGUAGCCAACGCAAUGCCUAAAAGCUGUAGUAUGUUAUCCUUCCCAUUGAAACUGUUCAAAGAGUGCUGUCAGAAUUAAUACAAAGGGUGCUGGGCUUGGAGAUCGAACAGAAUGGCAUAUAAACAAAAUCCUGUAACUCACCCUGCAGGUAGAGACAGACAGAGACACAGAGAGAGAAAGACAGAGAGGGAGGGACAAACAGUGAGACACACACAGACAGAAAGAGAGACAAACGGCGAGAGAGAGGGACAAACAGAGAGAGAGAGAGAGAGAGAGACACACAGAGACAGUCCCACCUUCAGCAGAGUGGACUGUAUGACAUACUUUACUAUUAAGCUCCAAAACAAAAAGGAGCUGCCUUCUUCAGGCUGGGCUACACACUACUUACUUUAUGCAUUACGCAUACAAAACACUCCUGCACCCACAGACGCACAGUUCACACCCACCCACACAUAGAUUACACAACCACACACACACAGAUACAAAAACCCACACAAACUGUACCCUCUGCCUCACUGGGCUGUGUGUGCUUUUCAUCCUGCUGUCCGCCUCCUCACUGCCAUGGAAACAGGAUCCUGCGCCCAAAUAUCUUUGUCUGUGAUUGGGGGUGGGGUGUCAGCCUGUACUUUGAGGUUGGUUAGGGGGGCAUUUCUCCCUCUCCAUGGCCCCAUAAGCCUUGUGAGAUGCUCCACACAUGCACAGCUGCUUCACUAAUCCCCUUUAUUAGCCCAGUGACAGGAAGCACCAAGCCACCGUUACACCCAGGUCUGUCUGGGAACUGCUCUCUUUAUGUUGUCCCAUAUUACACUGUGUCUGACAUGCAAUUAGUGUUAUGGGGAAAAAGGGCUGUGUUUUGAAAAGUCAGGCUGAUUAUUAGAAUUGUAGAUCAGUAGGUAGAAAAUGGCGCUUGCAAUGCCAGGAUAGUGGGUUCGAUUCCCGGGACCACCCAUACGUAAUAUGUAUACACGCUAAGUCGCUUUGGAUAAAAUCGUCUGCUAAAUGGUAUAUAUUAUUAACUGCAGCAGUGUGGCAGAUGUGCCUCCAAAUCUAGAAAACGGUUUGAGGUAUUCCACUAUGUGACUUGUUUAGUGAGUCAGCAGUGCAUAUGCUACUGUUCAGCACCUGCAGGAGAUUGUGUGGCUAAAGUUAAAGCUAAAGUUAAAGCAACUUCUCUGUGCCAUUCAACUUUCCUAUAGUACCUGUCAGCUUCGCUCUCCUCUACCUCUCCCUGGUCUCUCCAUCUAUAUCAGUAUUUUUCUAAAGGGAAGUAAAGCAGCAUUUCUCUCUGACUGACAGGGAACACUGUUGCAUGUUAAGAACUUGCUGGUCAACACACACACACACACACACACACACACACACACAACUCCCGCCACCAACUCAUUUCUCAGGGCUGCUACUGCGCUUUAACACAGUCAAGUUCUCAUGUGUGUCUGUAGACAGCUGAGAGGAAGGGAAGAUGUGCUGUCUCCGGCCUGAAAUGGCUGCUCUGGUGACAGGCCCUGGCAGUGAUGUGUGGCGCAGACCGCGUGUUGUUCGUUCUCUAACACACUGUUUUUUACAGGGCGAGCAGAUGGCUAAGCCCAGCUCGCCACCUGCAGGCGGCUGCCUGCACACUGGAGGCAUCACUAGAGGUCCUGGCAGCCUGUUUCAUACCCCAUGUAUAGAGAAGAGAGGACUGGACAUCAGUAUAAUAAUACACUGCCCAAUGCCCAGGCACCCCUUACGAAUGCAAUAAAAUGAUGAGAAGAAUGUCAAUGUGCCCUCGUGAACAAUCUGAAUACAUACCAACCCAUACGUGUUGGAGAAUGUGCCAAAUCAACUCCUGUCAAGUUUGAUACUGCAUGUAGUUCAUACGGUUUACUUUAUUACAUUGGUUUGUAUGUGAAUUAUACAUUGCCAUAUGGUUUUAUGGAGUAAUUAUUUGUUGUGCGAGGCCAAGUCUUGAGUAAGCUAGACACUUGUGUACAGUAGGAUGCAGCUUUCCAUGGUUCUUUUUUCAACCUUAUUAUUCCAAAGCACACAAUUUCAGACGCAUAAACAAUUCUGAUUUUGUCGGGAAAGCCUUGAACACUUGUUUAUUUUUAUUUAUUGUAAUGUUUAAAUCGUGCUUCUGCAGAGAACAGUAUGCAUUUGGCUAGGACAUUUGUGGACGUAAUUAGAUUUUUUUUUUUUCUGCCAAGGUAACAUUCUUUCCUAUUUAGUUGAAAUGUCUUAUGUUCAUACACUGCAUCUUCUUCAUAAGAAGACUACUUGACUGCACCUUUGCUUGUGUUACCUUGUUGGACAGUGCAGUUUGUUUUCAAGCGGCUGAGCAUUGCAAGUCCUCUGGACCGGUUCAAAUGUACGUAACACAACUGGCAGUCUGAAAAAGAGCAAAGCCAUUUCUGUCUGAUGUGAUUUGAGCAGGCCAAUGUGAGCUGGAGGUUUGUUCCGUUGUGUAGAUGUGCAGCCUGUUCCUCAGCCAGCGCACCAUUUCAUUAGCUUCAAAUGGUCUAGAUGUCUAAACAGCUGCAGCUCUCCUGCAGAACCAAGACAGGAAUUAUCAUUUUGAUAAUUGCAGCUUAUUUUCGUGGAUGCUUCAGCACUUCUUAAUUUGCCAGAGGAUUUUCAACAGUUCAAGUGUUCUGGUUACUGUUGUCUAAAUGUGCUUGUGCAAGUAGUUAUAUUUUUUACCAAUAAAAAAAUAUUUUGUGGAAGCAGGGCAAUAUGCCUCUAUUAAAUGACUGUGUGUGUACGUGUGUGAGCAGUUC